GGGAACAGCUCCUUUGGACGGAUUCCAAAGCACAUUUUGCUAACUGCCAUUCCAUUGUGGUGGUGGUGUGGGACUUCAGAGAAAUCUGGUUUCUUUUAAUCUUUCAAUUUUUUGCCACUUAACAGUGCGGAAGUACCCUUCUGUUGGUUUGUUCUUGAAGGCGCUUGAUACCGGAAGAAUAUGAUGAUGACAAUGUGCGGUGGCGCGUCGAGGAAAGUUAGGAAAAUUGCCCGCGUCUCUAGGGCCCCGCAAGGCACUCGGGAAGGAUGUGAAAUUUAAUUUUGAAAAAAUUAACCGAAGGGCCGUUGUUAACAAUUGAGUGGCAAACGUUGCAAACUGUUUUCAAGCAAGGAAGCUUAAUCUGCUUGUGCUAGUGAGCGUGUAUGUACAAGGAUGUGAAUGGGAAUUAUUAUGGUGAUUUUUUUUUCUUCUUCUGAAUAAUAAUAGUCAAGUCUAGUAACAAACUAGAGUGUGAAGGUGGUGAAUAAAAAAAUUUGCUGGUAACAGUAUUAAUUUGUGUUUUUACCGGCAACGAUGUAAGAAAAGGAAACUGCAGAGCAGCGUACGCCGAUGGAUGAAUCCUUUCUGUGCAAGUUUCCACUUUUUAGCCAGUUCAGCAAUGUACGGAAGGCAGAAGCAGCAGUUUAAAUUAAAGACCACUAUUGGAUGAAGAUAAAUUCGCCUCAUCAGCAUCGUCUCUAUCUCGGCGGUGUGCAAAGUGGUGACCCACCGACCCUGAGAGCAUCCUCAACUACUACAUCUGCAGCGUCCUGGCCGUCUCGUAACCGUAACACAAAAACCACCAGAAACCACUAACCAGAAAGAAACGAAGGAAUCACCAUACACCACUAUCCGAAAGCGUCCGUUCUGGAACCGCUGCUAGUCAAGUGAUUCUCGUCGUGACAUUCCGUGUAGUUCCGCGCAGUAAAAACGACGACCUAGGCGAAACCAAGUAUGGCACCAUCGACGACAGCAGCUUCACCGUUGCUACGAUGGUGGCCCUGUGGCGGCAGCAUCGGCAGCACCACGACGACGGGCUUAAUGAAAGCAAAUUUAUUCAUUGCCAUCAACCGAAUCAUCUUCAGUUCCUUCAGCAGUGCCGUGUUCGGGAUCGGAACGUCGUUCUUCUGGGCUGCUCACACUGGCUCGCCGGGACCCGUCGUCGACGCUGCCAUCCGGCUGACGCAACGUAACAAUCACGGAAACAUUUCCGAAUUAUUGGAUAAUUUAUUGCGGGGCUACGAUAAUAGCAUACGACCGGACUUUGGCGGGCCACCCGCUGUCAUUGAAGUCGACAUCAUGGUACGAAGCAUGGGACCGAUUUCGGAAGUGGACAUGACCUACUCCAUGGACUGCUACUUCCGUCAGUCGUGGGUCGACCGACGGCUUGCAUUCACCGGGGAGUAUGAAACCCUAGCUCUGAGCAUUUCCAUGCUUGGGCGGAUCUGGAAACCGGACACGUACUUCUACAACGGCAAACAAAGCUACCUGCAUACCAUAACCACACCGAACAAGUUUGUGCGCAUUAACCAGGACGGUCGGGUGCUUUACUCUAGUCGACUCACCAUCAAAGCGGGAUGCCCCAUGAACCUCGAGGACUUUCCGAUGGAUAUCCAGAGAUGCCCACUCAAAUUUGGGUCAUUUGGAUACACAACGCACGAUGUCCUGUACCGGUGGAACAGUGGCCGCUCAGCCGUGGCCAUUGCCGAGGAUAUGAAGCUGUCUCAGUUCGAUUUGGUUGACUGUCCUGCGGGCAACAUGACGGACAGCGUCGUCCACAACACAGCCUUGGCGGGCGCAACGGUGCUCAACGCGGACGAUGACAUUGAGACGAAACUAUAUGUUUCGAAUUACUCGAUGCUGCUGGUAAGCUUCCACCUUCAACGUCACAUGGGCAAUUUCCUGAUCCAGGUGUACGGGCCGUGUGUGCUGCUGGUCGUUCUUUCGUGGGUUUCUUUCUGGCUAAACCGCGAAGCCACGGCAGAUCGCGUAUCCCUCGGCAUCACCACCGUGCUCACGAUGACCUUCCUCGGUCUGGAAGCCCGCACGGAUCUACCGAAAGUUCCUUACCCAACGGCGCUGGACUUUUUCGUGUUCCUUUCGUUUGCAUUCAUUUUCGCGACCAUCAUCCAAUUCGCAGUGGUCCACUACUUCACCAAGUACGGCUCCGGCGAGUGCUACUUCAAUGCAGACGAACUGACAUCCAGCUCUGAUGAGGACAGCGAUCAAGAAUGCGGUGUCAACGGCGGAGACAGCUCCCAUCUUCAUUCGAUCAAAAUCUCAUCCAAAUGCUCAACCGUAACCUCCAUCAGCGGAGCCGGUGGAACCGAUUCCAAAGUGAUAGAAGUAAUCCCGCUAUCGAUGUGCUCAAUUCCGAUGACACCGGUCCGAAAGUCCUCGAAAACCUCCUGGGCCGACCUUUCCUGUUUUGGCAGCAAGAAUGAGGACGUUCCUCCUAGCUUCGAAAGUUCUUCAUUCUCAACACCGGUGCCGUCGACCAAGCGAAGUUCGCUUCAGCUGCCUCUAGGUGGUUCCAUCCAAACUCAGCGACGUCGGAAGCGAAAGAAAAGGACACCCCGCUUCAAUUCGGUGUCCAAGAUAGACCGGGCAUCAAGGAUUUUCUUCCCACUGCUGUUCCUGGCCAUCAACGUGUUCUACUGGGUUCUGUAUUUGUCGCGAAGCGCACGAUUGCCACAGCAACAUAAAAAUUAAACUCCGAAGUAGUAAUAACGAAACAUGUGUUCAUGGCGUCCCUAGGAAAGCUGAAGAACGAAGGAAAA